AGAAGGCUCCGUUUUCUUGUUUCUUUUCAUUUUCACGUUGUUUCCUCCUCUUUUCCUUAGAGAAGUCUCCGAUUCUCAGAACCAAAGAAAGGAAUUUUUAUUUUCUUUAUUUAUUAAAAUAAAAAACGACAUCAAUCAAUCAAUCACUCGACCAAUCAAACCAUCAAACGAUGACUCGUGAUCCUCACGAUCUCCAUCAUCGUCGUCUUCGCCAUCCUCAUUAACCCAAACACCCCCCCCCCCCUCCUCCCCUUCCAAUUCCUCUGAAAGACGCGGUUUCUUAAAAACCCGGCGACGACGUCAUUUCAUCAUCAGCAGCCGCAGAAAAAGAAGAAGAAGUUGUGGUUUUCAUCAUGAAUCGGAUUCAACCACCGCUGGGAGCGAACCCGCCGCCCGCCAGGCGUGGGGACAACCCGAGACGACGUCGUCACGACCUAACCCUACCUCUCCCGCAGCGGGACGCGUCCCUCGCCGUGCCCUUGCCCCUUCCUCCGCCCGGACCCAGCUCGGCCCAAUCGUCCUCGGCCCACAGCGCCGCCCAGCAGCUCAUCAACUUCAACGAGCUCGAGCGCUCGAACCGCAUCGGGAGCGGAACCGGAGGCACCGUCUACAAGGUCAUCCACCGCCCGACGGGUCGUCUGUACGCGCUGAAAGUCAUAUACGGCAACCACGAGGAAGCCGUCCGCCGCCAGAUCUGCCGCGAGAUCGAAAUCCUCCGCGGCGUCGACAACCCCAACGUUGUCAAGUGCCACGACAUGUUCGACCACAACGGCGAGAUCGAGGUGCUGCUCGAGUUAAUGGACGGCGGGUCGCUGGAGGGCCAGCUCAUCCAGAACGAGAAGACCCUCUCCGAUUUGGCCAAGCAAAUCUUGAGCGGCCUCGCCUACCUCCAUAGACGUAAGAUCGUGCAUCGCGAUAUCAAGCCCUCGAAUCUCUUGAUCAACGCCAGGAACCAGGUCAAGAUCGCCGAUUUUGGGGUCAGUCGGAUUUUGGAACAGACCAUGGACCCUUGCAAUUCUUCUGUGGGCACCAUAGCUUAUAUGAGCCCUGAGAGGAUCAAUACUGAUCUCAAUCAUGGCCAGUAUGAUGGGUAUGCCGGUGAUAUAUGGAGCCUUGGGGUCAGCAUAUUGGAAUUCUACAUGGGUCGGUUUCCGUUCUCUGUGGGAAGGUCAGGGGAUUGGGCUAGCUUAAUGUGGGCUAUCUGUAUGUCUCAGCCUCCUGAAGCUCCGCCCACUGCUUCGAGAGAGUUCAGGCAUUUUAUCUCUUGCUGUUUGCAGAGAGAUCCUUCGAGGAGAUUGUCGGCGGUGCAGUUGUUGCAGCAUCCUUUUAUCUCCGGCAAUGGCGGCGGUCAGGCCCAGCAAGCACAUCAGAAUCUUCACCAUCUUCUGCCACCACCCAGGCCUCUUCCUUCUUAACUAAUAGUGUACUUUCUUCUUUCUUUCCCAAUUACUCUGCUGUUGCUUUCUUUCUUUCUUUCUUUCUUUCUUUCUUUCUUUUUGAUGAUAAUCAUAAUGAUCAUAUGAUGAUUUUGUGUUUUUCUUCCGAGUGAUGAUGAUGAUGGGGUGAAUGGGUUGGAUUUGAUCUCAGGAAGAAUUGGGGAAACGGGUUGCCUUUGUUUUUUAGUUUUUACUUCUUCUAGUUUUGUUAAUCAAUCUAUCACUCAACUCAAUCAAAUCUGUCAUUCUGUCCUUUGAUGAUAAUGUGAAUGGUUUACCAGAAAUGGCAAAUUUAGCUUCCUGAAA